ACAUGUCCGACGCUCAUACAUGUGUCUCCCAUCGACACAAGGCAUAUACAAUAGCAUCCAACAUGACUUGUGUUUGAGAAAAUUGAGAUCAAGAAAAUUAGAUCCAAAAACAAGUUGAUUUACUUUCUCAAUCAUGAAACAAAGCAUCUUCCCUUCACUAAUCACGACUCCUUUUUCCAUUCAUAUAAAUUGACUUCAGCCCUAACUUUUCGUGUCUCUCCCCUCUCUAUCAUUUCUCGGUCUUGUUCAACUCUCAACCGAUCUGAGUCUUCCCCGAUUUGAUCUGCGUUUACUUCACUGCUAAUUCGCCAUGGAUGAAGAAUAUGAUGUCAUAGUUCUUGGAACUGGUCUUAAGGAAUGCAUUCUCAGUGGUCUACUCUCUGUUGAUGGCCUCAAGGUCUUACACAUGGAUAGAAAUGACUACUAUGGUGGAGAAUCAACUUCACUUAAUCUCAUUCAGCUCUGGAAGAAGUUUAGAGGGAAUGACAAGCCACCUGCUGAUUUAGGUCCCAGCAGAGAUUAUAAUGUGGAUAUGAUGCCAAAGUUCAUCAUGGCUAAUGGUGCUCUAGUCCGAGUUCUCAUCCACACCGAUGUCACAAAAUAUCUCUCGUUUAAAGCAGUUGAUGGUAGUUAUGUUUUUAACAAAGGAAAGGUUCACAAAGUGCCUGCUACUGACAUGGAGGCGUUGAAAUCUCCUUUGAUGGGAUUGUUUGAGAAGCGUCGUGCUCGGAAUUUUUUUAUAUAUGUGCAAGAUUAUGUUGAGAAUGAUCCAAAGACACAUGGGGGUCUGGACUUGAGUAGAAUAACGACAAAAGAACUUAUAGCAAAAUAUGGCCUUAGCGAUGACACCAUAGACUUCAUUGGUCAUUCAUUAGCCCUUCAUAGAGAUGAUCGCUAUCUGUAUGAACCUGCAUUAGAUACUGUGAAGAGAAUGAAGCUGUAUGCCGAAUCUCUGGCACGCUUUCAAGGAGGAUCACCAUAUAUCUAUCCCUUGUAUGGGUUGGGAGAACUACCUCAGGCAUUUGCACGGUUAAGUGCUGUUUAUGGUGGAACAUACAUGUUGAAUAAGCCUGAAUGCAAGGUUGAAUUUGAUGAAGAGGGAAAAGUUGUAGGUGUAACAUCUGAGGGAGAAACUGCCAAGUGUAAAAAAGUUGUUUGCGAUCCCUCUUAUCUUCCUAACAAGGUGAGGAAGGUGGGAAAGGUUGCAAGGGCCAUUGCCAUUAUGAGCCACCCUAUCCCUAACACGAAUGAUUCCCACUCGGUGCAGAUUAUUCUGCCUCAGAAGCAACUAGGACGCAGAUCUGACAUGUAUGUCUUCUGCUGUUCCUACACUCAUAACGUAGCACCAAGGGGGAAAUUCAUUGCUUUUGUAUCAACAGAGGCCGAGACAGAUAAUCUUCAAACUGAAUUAAAGCCUGGAAUCGACCUUCUUGGCCCAGUUGAUGAGUUGUUUUUUGAUAUCUAUGAUAGAUAUGAACCUGUUAAUGAACCUUCAUUGGACAACUGUUUCAUCUCAACGAGUUAUGAUGGUACAACACACUUCGAGUCAACUGUCACAGAUGUGCUCAACAUGUAUACAAUGAUAACUGGAAAGGUGUUGGAUCUUAAUGUGGAUCUUGCUGCUGCCAGUGCAGCCGAGGAGUGAUACCCGUUAAAUUGUGUGAACUGAUGUUGUUGCUCGUCCCAUCCUGAACAUUCUAGUCUAUCUUCUGUGAUCUGCUUCCAUGAAACUUGUAAUAAGCUUUCUGAUGUUUGUUUUCCAAGUGAAAGUAGGACUGAUUCUUUUAUACUUCUGCUGGGCUGUUGGAUGACUAGAAGUAUCAGCUGUUAUUAUAUUUUUUAUUUCUUUGUUCUUGUGAAAUUGCGCUUUCCGUAAUAUUCCAAUUUAUUUCUAACGGGAUUUGUUUUCCAUGGUUGAACUGAACUA